AUGGCUGCGACAAGGUUAGCGUGACGGUGAAAAACGUGACCUAAAUUUAGAUAUUGUAACCUCAGCAAAGCGUCAAAAUGCCGGCUAUCGAUGUACAGAUGCCUCUUGUGGAAGAGGAACAAACUGAUCCCGAAGAGCCAACCAAAGGUACUGUGUCCAAGCCAGUGAUAGGAAUCAUCUACCCGCCUCCUGAAGUCAGAAAUAUUGUUGACAAGACUGCCAGCUUUGUUGCCAGAAAUGGCCCAGAGUUCGAGAGCAGAAUUCGCCAGAAUGAAGUGAACAACCCGAAGUUCAACUUCCUGAACCCUGCUGAUCCGUACCAUGCGUAUUACCAACAUAAGGUCAAAGAAUUCAAGGAAGGGAAAGGCCAGGAACCACCAGCUCCCAAGCCUUCCCUGUUCCAGUCUAACCUAAAGAUAACCCAGGACAUUGUAAAGCCUAUCCAAGAGAUCAUUGUGCCCAAAGAUCCUCCGGCUGAGUUUGAGUUCAUCGCAGACCCGCCAUCCAUAUCAGCCUUUGACCUGGAUGUGGUCAAACUGACAGCGCAGUUUGUGGCCAGAAACGGACGUCAGUUUUUGACAAACCUGAUGAAUCGGGAACAGAGGAAUUACCAAUUUGACUUUCUCCGACCACAGCACAGUCUGUUCAACUAUUUCACCAAGCUUGUCGAACAGUACACCAAGAUUCUAAUUCCACCAAAGGAUUUGCUGAACAAACUGAAACAGGAGUCUGAAAAUCCCAAAGCCGUUUUAGAUGAGGUGAACUACAGAGUGGAAUGGGCCAAACACCAGGACAGGGAGAAAAGGAAGGAAGAAGAGGCUCAAGAGCGAGAGAGAGUUGCCUACGCCCAGAUUGAUUGGCAUGACUUUGUUGUUGUUGAAACAGUGGACUUUCAACCCAAUGAACAAGGUCAUCUUCCGCCUCCUACGUCUGCUGAGGAAGUAGGUGUUCGUGUCCUUCAGCAAGAACGCUUUGACAAAGGAGACUUUGAUGAUGCCGUGGAGAUGGAAGUGGAAUCUGAUGACGAAGAUGAAGGCGAGGUAUCUGAGAAUCGACGCCCCAAGGAUGUCAUGGAUAACACCCAAGUCCAGGACAUGGAAGAAGACUCUGAUGAUGAGAUGGAGAUAGAGAAGCAGGAUCGCCCCAAACCCCCGCCCCCACCCCCGUCUGACCUGCCCAACCCUCCUCCACUUCCCCCUACCCCUGAUCAGGUGGUAGUAAGGAAGGAUUACAACCCUAAAGCGCGUCCGGUUGCCCCAGAGCCCACUUCAGAUCAGUAUAUGAUAUCACCUAUCACAGGAGAGAAGAUUCCAGCUCACAAAGUGCAUGAGCACAUGAGGAUUGGGCUGCUGGAUCCCAAAUGGAUCGAGGAGCGCAACCGUUCCAUCCACGAGAAACGCGACCAGGAAGAGGUGUAUGCGCCUGGCUCAGCCAUCGAAGAAUCGCUGAAGCACCUCGCAGAAAGACGUACAGAUAUCUUUGGAUCUGGUGCCGAGGAAACUCAAAUUGGUAAAAAGAUCGGUGAGGAAGAAAAGAGAGAGAUCAAGGUGGUUUGGGAUGGACACACAGCCUCCAUGGAAAAAGUCACGCAAAAAGCCAGAGAGAACAUUUCUAUUGAGGACCAGAUUGCUGUCAUUCAUAAGGUCAAAGGUCUUGUGCCUGAUGAGGAAAAGGAGAAGAUUGGGCCGGCUAAACCCAACCAACCUCUUCUCCAGGCUCCUAAACCCCCUCCCCCUAUGACUUCUGAGUCUCUGCGUCCCCCCAAACCUCCGCCCCCCAUGCCUGCCCCUAUGCCCACCCCCAUGGCACCUCCUCCUAUGCCCCGCCCCCCAAUGAUGACCCAGCCAGUCAUGAUGAUGCCUCCACGUCCUCCAAUGCAGCCGUUCGCUCUUGGUUUGGCCCAGCCCCCCAUGCACCCUUCCAUGCACCAGGGCCAUGGUUUCCCACCCAUGCGGGGCCCCAUGCCCCACCCGGGUCCGCCACCAAAGACUAACCGGCCGCCCCCACCUCCCAUGGAGGAGGAGCCUGCCUCCAAGAAACAGAAGACGGAGGAAUCGCUGAUCCCAGAAGACGACUUCCUCAGGACUCACAAUGGUCCUGUGACGUUCAAAGUGCAGGUGCCUAAUCUUCCUGACAAACCGGAAUGGAAGUUGAAUGGACAGAUGUUGAACUUCACCCUGCCCCUUACAGACAAUGUGUCUGUGCUUAAGGCAAAGGUCAAUGAAGCCUUGGGAAUGCCAGCAGGAAAGCAGAAGCUCCAGUACGAGGGGAUUUUCAUCAAAGAUUCCAAUACUCUGGCUUACUACAACUUCCUCAAUGGAUCUUGUGUGUCACUACAACUCAAGGAGAGAGGAGGAAGAAAGAAGUAAACAGAAAUGUCAUCAUAGCGAGCUAGUGCACACGCACCCUGGUGAUAGGGGUACACGGCUCCCUCACUCAUGACAGGGCCUAUUAAUGCGAUCCUCACAACCUUGCAACGUAGCCAUCAAUCAAUCAAUCAGUCAGUCAAUCAAUCAGUUAUUGAGCUGUGUUACACAGCUUGUCAAAUUUUGAUUGAUCUCUGUUGUGGCAUCUGUAGUCCUUGCAGUUUAAUACAUGAACAUUUGUUCAUAUGCAUACAAGAACAUUUGUUCAUAUGCAAACAUGAACAUUUGUUCAUAUGCAAAUACUUGUUUCUGAGUUUGCUGCUUGUGUUCACUGAUUAAUCAGACAGGUGAAGGUGGCAAAGCUUUUGUUUUUUUUUUUCUUCAACAACUGCAGAAAAGGCCACAUUUUGAUUCUGGUUAUGGGGUAUAAAUUGUUUGCGGAUUUUCUUAGAGAUGUUCUUUGUUCAUUUGUCUGGGUUAGAAUUCUAAUGAGUUCAUAAUGAAAAAAAAAGACACACAUUAAACGCAUUGUUGAAGUGGACCCUGCUAACUGUUGAGUGAGUUAGUCUACGGCGCCCUCUACAUGUUCUCUGUUAAGCCAUCUUUAUUAUGUUAUUGUACAUGUACUUAUAAAAAGUGAAGUGAUUAUAGUGAUCUUAAUCUAAACAUCAUGAUUAACUUUUACCGCAUGGACGAUAUUAUCAGAUUAUAGGAUUAAGUGAACAUCCCAGAUACCGUUUACAGUGUAGAUGAUAUUAUCAGAUUGUAGGAUUAAGUGAACAUCCCAGAUACCGUUUACAGUGUAGACGAUAUUAUCAGAUUGUAGGAUUAAGUGAACAUCCCAGAUACCGUUUACAGUGUAGACGAUAUUAUCAGAGUAUUGGAUUAAGUGAACAUCCCAGAUACCGUUUACAGUGUAGACGAUAUUAUCAGAUUGUAGGAUUAAGUUUAGUUCAUGAAUGCUACAUGUGCAGCUCCUUUUCAAACUGCCAUGUGCGUAUGAUUUUAUAUAGGCGUGUAGACUUUCUUUUUUCUGUAGUGUUUUCAGCAGUGUGUGUUUUUAUUCACAUAUUCGUUCAUAUAAAGUCCAGUUGUUCAUACGGAAAUAUACCACAACCAUAUUUUGGUCUCACAAGUGUCCUGAUAGUUAGAGUCCUUCGGAUCUUGUAAAAAAAAAAAAAACAUAAGUAAAUAUGGGUUGUAGCUUUUAGAUUGCACUUGGUGUUUCCCCAAAUUCAUAGAUGUUAAAGACUGUAUCAUUCAUGUACAGUCAGUGGCCUGCCUGCAAUUAAAUAUA